CCCACUUCUGACUUUGAGCUCCUUGAGGGUGGGGACGCUGUCUUCUUCCUCUCUGGAUUCCACACACCUAGCCAGUGCAAAGCAUAGCCGAUUGGCAGGGCUUCCUGGAGGCUGGGGCUGAGGAAGCUGCUGGGGAGCCUUGGGCAGCCGCACCCAUUCCCAGGGAGGAGGUACCUGGGAUUAUUCACAGGGCGGGUCCCUGCUGUCAGCACCUGUCUGGUCUCACUAAUUCCCUCUCCGUGCUGUAGACGGUGGACUGAGCAGAGCCUGGCCCUCUUCUUUCUCCCCCUCUCCCGCUUUGGUUAGGGCUCCUGGCCUUUCUCUUCUCUCUGGAAAGCUAGGGCCCAGUCUUCUUUCCCGGGGAGAGAGUGCCCUCUAGUGCCCGGGAGGGUGAAGGCCGAGGAGGAGGGCAGGGCCAGAGGCCAAGCCUGAAAGGAGGCCCUGCCAGCCAAUGAGGGGUGAGCCGGCUGCAGCUCGACCUGUGGGACUGGGACAGCAGGGACCCACAGGGCUGUGAUCCAUACUCUGCCUGUUGGUGACCUAGGACCACAUGAGGAUGCUGCUAUGCUUUCUUGUCUUGUCUGCUUUGGAUCUCGCGGCUUGGGGGGAUUCCCUAGAGUUGUCCUUGAAUGAGACCCAAGCCAGGGGGCUGUCACAGGAGCUUCUGGACCUGUUUGUUGGCAUCUCACAGCUUAUUCACACAGGUCGCAAUGGUGUGCCCACCAUCGUCUCCCGCAAGGAGUGGGGAGCCAGAUCCCUGACCUGCAGGGCCCAGCUGACCCGGCCCGUGGCCUAUGUCAUCACGGACCAGAUCGCAGGGAUGGAAUGCGAGGAGCAGAACGCGUGCAGUCAAAAGCUGAGGGGCCUGCAGUCCCGUUCCGUCUACACCAAGGGCUGGUGUGAUGUGGCCUACAACUUCCUGGUUGGGAACGAUGGCAGGGUGUAUGAAGGCGUGGGCUGGACCAUCCAAGGCAUGCACACCCAGGGCUACAACAACGUCUCCCUGGGCCUCGCCUUCUUUGGGAAUAAUCUAGGCAGCAGUCCCAGCCCCACUGCCUUAUCAGCCGCAGAGGACCUGAUCUUCUAUGCCAUAAAGAAGGGUCACCUAUCACCCAGGUAUAUUCAGCCGCUUCUCUUGAAAGCAGAGAGCUGCCUGGUUCCUCAUCAGCCACUGAUGCCCAGGAAAGCUUGCCCCAACAUCAUCACAAGGUCAGCUUGGGGAGCCAGACAGACACACUGCCCUACAAUGGGCCUCCCAGCCAAAUAUGUUGUCAUCAUCCACACUGCUGGGGCAACCUGCAACGUAUCCAUGGACUGCCGGAUCCGCGUCCGAGAUAUACAAUCUUACCACAUGGACACACAGAACUUCUGUGACAUUGGAUAUCACUUCCUGGUGGGCCAGGAUGGUGGUGUGUAUGAAGGAGUUGGCUGGCAUACCCAAGGCUCUCACACAUACGGAUACAAUGAUAUUGGCCUAGGAAUUGCCUUCAUAGGCAACUUUGUAGAAAAACCGCCAAAUGCUGCAGCGCUGGAGGCGGCUCAGAACCUGAUCCACUGUUCCGUGGUCAAGGGGCAUCUGGUCCCCAACUACCUGUUGGUGGGGCACAGCGAUGUGACCGAUAUUCUGUCUCCUGGACGGGCUUUGUACAACAUCAUUAAGACUUGGCCUCAUUUCAGACAAUGAGGGCACCCCAGUUCCUCCAAUGCCACCCCUCCCCAACUCUAGAUUCUGAGCCUCCCCUUCUUCACCUUCCAUCCUGGCUCAAUUCCUGCGACCCCUCCCUGCCAGCCCCAUCCUGUUUCUUCUGCUUCAGGUUUGUAUGAUCAUUUCCUAACUUGUAUGAUCAGCUCCAUGUGAUCAGACUCCACAGUGGGGCAUUCCGGCCCUCUGAGUCUGCACCCGGCCUCCUUCCCUCCUCACCUUCCUCUCCCGAGCACCCACCUCCUCACCCAGCUGAGGCUUCUUGUCCCUUUGUACACACCCCUCUCCUGGUGUGCCUUCCCCUGCUGUUGUUGUAGCCACGCGUUCCGGGAAACAAACUCACUCAGAAUGACAAUGCGGAUAGUGGAGUGCAGUUUAUUAUACCAGCGGGCUCAAGGCAGAGUCUCCUCUUAGCCAAGGACUCUGACCGACUUUUGUGAAAACUUAUAUACCUUAAGUGUACUACUGAAGCCCACACCCCCAAAUUCCUUAAACCUAGCCUGAAAAGUGUUAAAGGGAGAUACAGUCAGGUUACAGCCAUGAUUCACAAUCAGAAGGGUCAGCUGGUUAUGUAUUGUAGCCUUCACCAAUGGGUGCCAUAAAGAUUAAGGUGAUUGACUACAAAGGGGAUUAUUACAUUCUUUUUGGUGAUGGGAAAUCUUGGUAUGGAAUCUGGUGUUUAUCAGUCUGGGAGGCCAGUUCGGCCGUAGGUAUGUUACCCCCAUGGCUACCAGGCACACAGUCCAAAGCUCACUGAGAAUGCAAGAUGGAGUUUCCUUCUUUUUCAAGAUGGAGUCAGCCUGGCCUGUUCCUUUCCUUGCUCACCAUCUGCCUGGCAGCUCCCAGCCUCACACGUGACCCAGGUCAACAUCCCAGCCCCUCCUCUCUGUUCACACACCACCUUGUCUGUAUUUGGGUGCAGCCCUUAUUUCAGGGCAGUGAUUGUUCAUAGAAAUUCUCUCCGCUGGGUUGUGAGUUUGUCCAGUUUCAUUUGUGUCUGUGUCCUCAGUUCUUCAGCAGUGUCUGGAAUACAGAAAAGUGAAAGUGAAAUCACUCAGUUGGGUCCUGCUCUUUUUGACCCCAUGAACUAUACAGUUCAUGGAAUUCUCCAGGCCAGAAUAUUGGA